AUGGCUCCCUGCUCUUCCAACUACUCCUCUAUUCACCACAUCAGGAUCUCUGAGAAAAACAACAUCAAAUUGAGAAAACCUUUUGUGGAGAAAAGGCGCAGAGAUCGCAUCAACAGCUGCAUCGAGCAACUCAAGAUCAUCCUGGAGAAGGAGUUCCACCAGCAGGAGCCCAACUCCAAGCUGGAGAAAGCCGACAUCCUGGAGAUGACUGUGAGCUUCCUGAGGCAGCAGCUGCAGUCGGGCCUCUGUAAAAGCGAAUACAACCAAGGCUUCUCUGUGACUCCUCUGCAGGGUCUCCAGCAGCUCCAUCAGGCCCAGAGAGCCAGCAGCUAUUCCCCAGUUUGCUCCACUCCCAGGCCCACAACGCUGCAGGACAGCAGCAGCAGCAGCAGAGGCCCCGUGUGGAGGCCUUGGUAG